GGAGUGAAUACAAAAUGAUUCGUGUAUAAGAAUGAAAAUUUAGGAAAUACAUGUGAGGAUAACGUUAAAGGAGACGAUGUCCGCUCCUCAACUAACGGAUGAGAUCUGGAUCCACGUUUUUGGAUUUUUCUCUGUUCGUGACAAAUUGAGUGUUCGUUUAACCUGCACGUACUUUAAAAGACUGAUCGAUCAUUGGACCUUAUGGAAAGGCAGCGUUGUUGUCCUCCAAAAGUUCGAACUCUACGACUCACAUUUUUGGAAAACUCUGCGCCAAAGAAAAACCAAGUCCAUUGUUGUUCAAAAGGCAAAUGCAAAAGGAUUGCGACAUAUUGUGACUGCGCUUCCGUGGAUCAGUUCCGUGACUCUGGCUCAGUGCAGUGAUGGCAAAGCUCUGGCAGAGUUGGGUGCUUUAAAACAACUCGAGAAGCUUGUCAUCCGUCAAUGUUGCUGUCGGAGUCUGACUAGCUCACUUUUAUCUUUGAGACAACUGACUCAUCUCUGCUUGUGUGAGGUCCAGAAAGCUUCAGUAUCGGAGAUAAGUGCUGCUACUUCGCAACUUGUCAAGCUUACCUCACUACACUACCAUGAAGAUAAAAAUCCUAUCUUUAAACCUGUCCUUCAUGGCAUGUUGAGGCGUCUGCCCAAAUUGAAACACCUUUCCUUGAGAUUGGGACCAAAGUAUGGGAUUCUUCCAGAUGAUUAUUUGUGUCCAACUAAAGCAUGUGGGCGUCCUGGAGUUAGUCCGGAUUCAGAGUUCGGGCUGAGCAGUCUGGAGCUGCUGAACUGUUAUGACCCCUGCCUCUCCCCUGUUGCCUUUGACGCCCUGUCCUCCCUUACUAAACUGACGGUGCAUUAUAAACAAUGGUGUGAUGAUCCAACCCUUUGCCGUCUCACAAAAUGGUUGCAAGGGCUUCGUGUACUCUCAGAGCUCAAUAUUUCUUUAGGAUACCCGCUCGGAUUCUAUGCUAAAUCAAUACCCAGGACUGUGCGGCAUUUGUCUCUCAUGGGAGUGAGGGCAGAUUUGAAGGCAGUCAGGAUCAUGGCAGAGCAGGUGCCAGAUCUCCUUCACCUCCACUUGGACUUGUGUUGUCACGACAUCUGCAAUAUAAUCAAAGAAAUUCCUCAGAUGUUCCCAAAUUUGCAGGUCCUAAAAGUGAGACACCAAAAUGUUCCAGCAUCAGUGUUUCUUCAGCUUCACCAUCUGCCUCGACUUCAGCAGUUAGUGAUUUUGGAUGCACCCCAAGGCAGUCCUACGGUACAAGAUCUGAAACGAAAACUUGAUGACCAAACAAACAAUAAAAUCCAUGUGCUUCAUUCCAAUUCAAAGGACCAAACAACUUGUUCUUGUGGUUUUAAUUGAUGCACUUCAUUGUUUCUUAUGUGCAACUUGUGUGUUUGAUGCAUUUGAUGAUUUCAGACAUAUACAGAUACUCAUGCCUUUCACACAGUUGUUUUUGUAAUAUAGAGGAACAUGUAUGUGGAAGAUGGAAAAUGGACAUAAAUUGUAAAUAGUGGAUUAGUGGACAUUUUUUUACAUUUGUUACAUUGUCAAUGAUAUUGUAUGCCAUCAGCAUUCACUUGAUUCUUUACAAAGUGGAAUAUAUUUAGAAAAUGGUAUAAUCUUUCAUUGUCUCUUUGUAAAUUGUCUUAAAUAAAGUAAUGAAAUAAAGACUACAGUAAGAA